GAGAGAGAGAGAGAGAGAGAGAGAGAGAGAGAGAGAGAGAGAGAGAGAGAGAGAGAGAGAGAGAGAGAGAGAGAGGAGAGAGGGAGAGAGAGAGAGGGAGAGAGAGAGAGUCUUGUAGGAGCAGCGGCAGCAUGACGGUGAGCCGCCAUGUCUAAAGCCACGGUCAGGAAGCUGCACUGGAGGUCAAAGGUGCAGGAGAGCUUUGUCCCACUGGGCGGGGCUUCAGGGGAGCUGGGCGUGGCGAUCGGGGGAGGGGCCGACUAUGGGGAGUUUCCAUUCGUCACAGCAGCGCCUGGGGGAGGAGCCACGGUGGGUGAUGUCAUCCUGGAGAUCGGGGCGACGCCCGUCCUGGGCAUGACCCUCGGUGAUGUCAGAGGGGUCCUCAACACCUGCCCUCACCCAAUCAGGAUCAAGACAGUAUCACCAGGUGCGUCGCUCUGUAAGGACCUCAUGUGUGUUUCAGGUGCGUCGCUCUGUAAGGACCUGCGGCUGUUCCUCUCUAAGUGCUUCACCCCCGGCUCGCUGGACGGACAGCUGCAGCAGAUCAUCAGGGAGAACCUGUACAUACGGGCAGUGCCCUGUACGACGCGGGCGUCGCGGGAGGAGGAGAUCUCGGGGGUGGACUACAACUUCGUCUCCAUCCAGGAGUUCUUCUCCCUGGAGGAGUCAGGAGCGCUGCUGGAGAGCGGCAAGUUCAAGGGGAACUACUACGGAACGCCGCGGCCCGUCCACAUUGGUCCAGAGAGUCCGCCAGUCACGUACCUGGAGCACCGCAACCUGCUGAGGAACUUCAGGACCAGGAGCAAGUCCCUGAACAACCUGGAGAAGGCUGGGGAGCCGGAGGAGGGCGAGGACAAGAGCUCAGUGGGCGGGGCCCUUCCUGUCAGCCAAUCAUGGGAGGGUCCAGGGAGGCGGGGCCUGGAGCUGAAUUUGAGUGAAACUGGAGAACAAUACUACACAAAUCAGUCUAAGACCAACUGGACAGACCCUCGAAACAAGGAGCCCUCAGACUUGCCAGAGUUCACGGAGCAGGUGAGCGUGAUGCUGGGCUCCUCGGUGCCGGUCCGCCUCACCAAGGGCCCGCGGGGGUUCGGCUUCAACAUCGUGGGGGGCAGUCGGCCCCGGGAGUUCCUCCAGGUGUACAGCAUCACCCCAGGGGGCCCUGCCAACCUCAGCCCAGCUGACAUCCUGGUCUACAUCAGUGGGACCUGUGUGCUGGGCCGCUCGCACAAGGAGGUGGUGGAGAUGCUGCAGGCCGUUGCCAUGGGGACCAGUGUGGAUGUGGUGCUGAGGAGAGGAUACCCCAUGCUGUACAACCCUGAUGGCUGUCCUAAACAGAGCUUGGAAACUCCCCGCCCGUCCAGAGAAGACACCUGCCCACCUGGUCUGGGUAGCCACACCCCUUCCCAGCCCUCACCUGGUGUGGUUAGCCACACCCCCUCCCAGCCCUCACCUGGUGCGGUUAGCCACGCCCCCUCCCAGCUGACCUACACCGCGGCGGAGCUCUGCAACGGUGCAGGAUUGGCCCAAACUCCGCCCUCUUAUGCGGCUCAACCUGUCACUAACGGCGUGUCCGGCGAGGCCACGCCCCCUCCUUCUGAAGCAGCCCCGCCCCCCAAGCCUACAGCCAGCGGAACCCUGCGCAGGUCUUCUCUGAUUGGCUACAGCACAGGCUCCCUCCCCGCCCCCUCCUCCACCCUCCUCCUCCGUCAGCGCUCCUCAGACCGGGACCUCUCCAGCUCCACCCUCCCCAGCUCCACCAAGCAGCCCGCCAACCCCCCCCCGACACUGCAGCCCCCCUGUGGCUUCAACGGCUGCCCCGCCAACCACGCCCCUCAGCCCCUCCCCCAGCCCCCCGGCCCCGCCCCUGCCGGGCCCCACCCCCCCCAGCUGGUCCCGGUGGCGCUGUGCCGGAGCGAGGGGGGGCCGGGCUUCAGCGUGGGGGGCGGGGGCCCGGGGGGGCAGCAGGCGGUGGUCCGGAGCCUCUGGGACCCGCGGCUCUGCCCGGCCCUGCAGACCGGCGACGUCAUCACCAAGAUCAACGGGGCGGACGUCCUCCACCUCACCUUCACCCAGGUGCAGAGGGUCCUCCAGGAACACACCCGGCGAGGGGAGGUGGUCCUGUUGGUCAGCAGAGGAGCGGCCCUCGACCCCCCUGGGGUCACGCCCAACUUCUACAAGCUCCUCCCCUCCCCCCUGAGCCCCGCCUCCAGUCCAGCUGACACGCCCUCCUCCUCCUCCUCAGUGUCCUUCCUGGGGGCCGUGCCCCCCCUCAGCCAGGCCGGCACGGGCCCCGCCGAGGGCCCCGCCCGGACCCCGCCCACACGCCAAGUCCAGUCUCCCAGUGAAGCUGCCGGGUCGUCUCUGGUCCAGAGUACCAGCUUCCUGGACUCGGUCCCGGUCACUCUGACCCUGGAGCCCCGCGAUUGGCUGGGGGUGGAGGAGAGUGUCAGAGGGGGAGGAGCCACGCUGGGAGCUACAGCCAAUGACGGAGGAGCAGGAGGGCUAGGGGGAAGGUCCAAGAGCAUGCAGGUGGAGCUGAACAGACGACCAGGAGAAGGCUUUGGCUUCGUCAUCGCCUCCCAGAACACCAACAUUGAAGGGAGCUGUGUGAUGGCCCACCGCUUCGUGACGGUGCGGCGGGGCAGCCCAGCGGCCCGCAGCGGGGUCAUCCAGCCGGGGGACCGUCUGGAAGAGGUGGAGGGCCGCGCCGCCGCCAGCAUGAGCCACCGCGAGCUAACCCAGAUACUCAGGAGGGCUGGCAACGUGCUGCGGCUGACGGUGGUGCCCAGGAGCAGCAGCAGCAGCAACUCCUCAGAAGCAGCAGAGUCCGAUGCUGACACCAGAUGGCAGAUGAGGAGAGGAGGUGGUCAGAGGUCAAAGGAGGAGCAGUGGUUCUACCGGGUGGAUCUGGAGCGCGGGCCCACCGGGUUCGGGUUCUCCCUGCGGGGGGGCAGUGAGUACAACAUGGGGCUCUACGUCCUGGCCCUGAUGGAGGGGGGGCCGGCCCAGCGCUGUGCCAAGAUACAGAUCUCAGACCAGCUGGUGCAGAUCAACGGGGGCAGCACGGUGGGCAUGACCCACGGCCAGGCGGUGGAGCACAUCCGGCGGGGGGGGCGCUGGAUCCACCUGGUGCUGAAGAAGGGCAACGGAUACGUCCCGGACUACGGCCCUGAGGAGCAGGAGGAGGAGCAGGAGGAGCAGGAGGAGUGGGAGGAGUGGGAGGAGCGGGAGGAGCGGGAGGAGCGGGGUCUGGCUUCAGCACCGGGGGGGAGCAAGCCCCCCCUCCGGCAGAGAGGAGGAGCAGAGAGGAGGAGCACGCCCCCCCUCCGACAGAGCGGAGGAGCAGAGAGGAGGAGUGGGGCUCCUGAUUUGGACCUAGACCGGGUGGAGGAGGAGCAGAGUAGCCUGGGGCGAGGGGGGGAGGAGCGGGGGAGGGGGGGGAGAGCGAAGACAGGAAGGGGAGGGACCGACAGGAAGAAAGGACGACAAAGAGAGCGAGAAAGAAAGCAACUCCUACCGUCCAAUCAGACGGCAGCUUUCUCCUUCCUCGGGCCGGUGGACAAGUCAGAGUUUAGCCAAUCAGACGCCAGCAUCACCUCAGCAGAAGUGGGGUCUGGGAGGGGGGAGGGCUCUUAUAGUUCAAGAGCUGAGUUGGCAUGGCAACACCCUGGCCCCUGGCGGGAGCCCCACCCACACAGGCUGAAACAAGAUCUGAUUGGCAGUCGGCUUAGGGGGCGGGACUUGGUCAGGGGACUGUCUCUCUAAUUGGCUGGAAGAACAAUCUUGUAGCUGACACCAAGAUCUCCAGCAGAAUAUAGAGUAGGAGGGGGAGAGAGGAGGAGGAGGAAGAGGGAGGGGAGGAGGGGAGAGAGGAGGAGGAAGAGGGGGGGGGGGGAGGAGGGAGAGGGGGGGAGGAGGAGGGAGAGGAGGAGGAGGGGGAAGAGGGAGGGGGGGAGGAGUAGGAGGGAGAUGAUGAGGUAGUUGAGGAGAAGUGAUGGUUGUAGCAGGUAGAGAAGGAGAUCAUGGAGCAGAAGGACUAGAGGUGUCCCGUGUCAGACAGCAGGAGGUGUCAUCACCAAAACAAGGAGAAUACUCCUGACUCCUCCUUACUUGGACCCUUCAAGGAGGAGGAGCCCGACUCCUUAUCGCUAUUACCACAGCAUGAAACCUUUUAAAACAAUAUAGGCUCAUGAAAUUAUGCAAGGAUGGUGGGUUAUGAGUAAUUAUUUGCUUGUGUCAGGUGUUUUUGAUAUUCUUGUUGAUCCUAGAGGCGGACAUUUGCUAAGGCCUCCUCUCUCGUCACCAUGGCAACAUAUCAGCUGGAAGACCAGUUACCUAGCAACAGCCAUAUAGCAGUAGAGUGGAGACAACAAGUGCCUCAUCAGCCCCUCCCUUCAGGGAUCGAACCCGUGACACACACACACACACACACACACACACACACACACACACACACAAAGGGCUGUGUAUUUUAACGAGCCAGAAUUUCAGAUUCUUACAUUUUAUUUAUCAGAGAAGUUAAAACCUGAACACCCUCAGACAGUUGGCACACUAAAUAAAUAGCAAAGUAAAUAGCAGUAAAUAAUAUGCUAAAUAUUUAAGUUAGCUUCAUCCUUAUCUAGCUAAAAAGUUAGCCAGCUAAACACAGACAUUAAAGCCAGUUAACCAGCGAGACCGUCACUUAACCAGCUAAACAGCUAGACGUAGCUGGGCCAAACUAACCUGGAGCAGGCUUAGAACCAACAACACCAUCCCUACUCCCCACAGUCAGAGGGUUAUAAACCACCUCCCACCUCACCUAGUGGAAGAUCUAGGCCUUUCACCAGACUACACACAGACAGGCACACAGGCAGACAGACAGACUGGCAGACUGGUCUUCUGAACAGUGAACAGCCAGUAGCCAUACGUUGUUUGUAAGCUUUAGAAUGUGCUUUUGUCCCGAUGUAAAUACCAACCACAGAUGUACAGCUUUCUACAACAAGAUUUUGGCUUUAGGGAUCAUUUUGUUGGACGGUUUCGGAUCGCUGAAGCCAGGGAGUUUUAAAAUCACUGGGUAUCAGAUGACUUGCGAUUAUUAUGGGAUGUAUACAUUAUUAUUGAAAAUGUUGAUUGAUAUAUGGAGAUAUAAAAUACAUUUAAAAAACAA